UGGCGGAUGGUUGUCGGAGAGGAGUCGCUGCCUCUGCGCAAGUCUCAGAUGAAGAUGAAGUCUGCAGGCGUCGUGGAUGGAGGCUUGUUCACAGAGAGCUAUUGUAACAUCUGCAAUGCCCAGCUCAUCUCCGAGUCCCAGCGCACCGCUCACUACGAGAGUAAGAAACAUGCCAACAAGGUACGUCUGUUCUACAUGCUUCACCCCGAAGAUGGAGGACCACCUUCCAAGAGACUGCGGCCAGAUAACCCAGAUUGUGCAGAGACAGAGGUGGACAGGAACAAGUGCUGCACCUUGUGUAAUAUGUUCUUCACCUCUGCCGUCGUGGCCCAGUCGCACUACCAGGGCAAAACUCACGCAAAGAGAGUCCGCCUGGUGCUGGGUGAGCCUCCCAGUCUACCCACAGCCAUGACCAGCCCUACAAACACAGAUUCCUCCCCUUCUACCCCGCUGCCCACAGACCCCACUGCAUGCCCCCCUCCUCCCCCUGAACUGACUUGGCCUUUGGCGGUGGUCGGCGGAAACGGCGGAAGAGAGGCUGGGAAAUACUGCUGCCUGUGUGGAGCCUGGUUCAACAACCCACUGAUGGCCCAGCAGCAUUACGAAGGCAAGAAACACCGCAGGAACGCAGCCAGAGCACGCCUCCUGGAGCAGCUAGCGGGCAGCCUGGAUGCCACGGAGAGCACAGGGUUGCGCAGUAGUUACUCCUGCAGUGUCUGCAGUGUGGUCCUCAACUCCAUCGAGCAGUACCAUGCACAUCUCCAGGGCUCCAAGCACCAGAACAACCUAAAGCAACACCAGCAGUAAGCCACAGAGACAGGCCA